CUUAAACUUCCUUCGAAGUUCUAAGGAGUGGCUUAAUUAUUAUACCCUACCCCUAUACCUCCACCCAUUUAUACACACUAUAUUAGAAGAUGAGUUUUAAUUUUAGAACGAUAAGAUGCAGUCGACAUAUGGUGAGUUGGGCGGUCGGAACUCGCCGUAGCCUGCCGCCUUUAUACCACUUGCAAGUCAGAAUGCAAGUCAGAACACUGGCAACGACUUCUGAGAAGCCUUUUGUGUUAAGUUCGAGUGGUUACCUCACUUUUUCAUACCCUGGUACUGCUAGAGCCUUGAGACGGUGCACACUGCCAAAUAUAUGGUUACGGGAUAAUUGCCGAUGCGAUAGCUGCGUUCACCAAGGUACUAUGCAGAGGAAUUUCGAUACGUUCCACAUACCCCAAGAUGUUGAGCCCUCUCAUAUUGAAGUAGACAACGAUGGAGUCAAGAUACAGUGGGCCGAAGAUGAACACGAAAGUUUCUAUCCAUGGGACUUUCUUGAAUUCUACCUGAACUUCGAUAAGAGAGAACCAGAGUCUAUUGAAUUAGAGUAUUUCGGAGCACAAGGACCACAGGGUUCACAAAACUGGCCCCCAUCUUUGGAAUAUCGGGAUUUUUCGGCAAACGAAACUAAGGCCGUCGGCCGUUUAACGGAUUUUAUCAGGCGCAAUGGUUUUGUAUUUGUUACCGGAGUGCCAGUUGACUCGGCAGAACCAACUAAGGAGCUACUGGAGAAGAUUGCCUUUAUAAGACAGACACAUUACGGUGGAUUUUACGACUUCAAACCGGACCUCGCCCUUGCCGACACCGCUUACACCAACAUGGCAUUGGGAGCUCAUACUGACACGACUUACUUCACCGAUCCUGCUGGAUUGCAAGCGUUCCAUCUCCUUUCCCACACCGAUUUUAGCAUCGAAGCCAUUCCAGAAACAAACCUCGGAGGCAAAUCGCUACUUGUCGAUGGAUUCCAUGCUGCGGAUAUUCUCAAGAAAGAGGACCCAACAGCGUUUGAGGUGCUGAGCCGGGUCAAGCUUCCGUGGCAUGCUAGCGGUAAUAAGGGGAUCACUAUAUCACCUGACAAACCGUAUCCUGUUCUCGAGGUAGACGAGAGCAGUGGCAAGACGCAUCGAGUUAGAUGGAACAAUGACGAUCGUGGAGUCGUCCCCUUCGACAGCAUAUACUCUCCAGAUGAAUGGUAUAGGGCGGCAAGGAAGUGGAACGACAUCCUGAGAAGAAGGUCUAUCGAGUAUUGGUUUCAACUCAAGCCGGGCAAUCUUCUAGUCUUCGAUAACUGGAGGGUUUUACACGGCAGAAGCGCCUUUACUGGAGAGCGAAGGAUAUGCGGUGGAUAUAUCAAUCGGGAUGAUUUUAUCUCGAGAUGGAGAAACACCAAUUACCCACGGGACGAGAUCCUGAAGCAAAUUAUAGGCUAACUUUUAUCCCUGGCGGUACCGGCCGUACUCGGCAUAACAUGCUCGGGCAGAAAUAUCCCUUGGCUGUCAGGUUCAGACCCGGGAUUUUGGAGGCUAAGAGACGACAAAAGUAACACCGG